AUGCAGGAAAGCUUCCGGCAAGAGACGGGACCAAGUAGAAAACGGCGAAAGAUACAGUCUCCCGAUGUGUUCAUAAGCCAUGCUGGCCCGGACAAGGUACUCAUCGCAGAUCUCCUUUCCGAGAAAUUGCAAGCUCAUGGUUUAAAUUGCUUCCUCGACAAAAUCUCGAUGGAGCCCGGGGACUACGCACGGGAUGAAAUGACGAAGGCUAUGGAAUCUGCGAAGGUCGGUGUUUUCAUUCUUUCUCCCGAGUUUGCGGCUCGAAAGUGGACGAUGAGGGAACUGCGUUGCUUCCUACGCCGACGGAGUGAGGCGAUAGGGAGUGGGAUGCGACCACCGACAUUGAUUCCGGUGUUUUACAGACUAAGUAUUCGUGAAUGCAGAGAGUUGGAUCCAAAUCGCUACUGGGAUGAUGAAAGAAAGAAUAUUUUUGAAGUUGAGAAGUUUUUUAGCGACGAACGACAGCGCGAAGCGAGCACGGAUAUGGUGAAGAGGGAGCUACAAGAGCUGGCAGAUUUCACUGGGAUUGAAAAUGAAGUAGGGGCAACAAACCUGCCGGGAGAUCGAUUCGGCCAUGAUAAAAGGGCACAUCUUGUGGAGCAAGUGUUUCUGUGGGUGAAAAAGAAAUGUGAGGAGGAUUCAAGUGAUGAAGUGAGAGAAGUUUUGAAUGCAAGUGGCCAAGUUGGAACCCAAGCUGCCGUCACGUCCACCGCACGAUGUGCGGUUGAUAAGUUCACGCCCUGUAUACACGCAGAGCACAAUCCCGACGAAAUAUAUUUGCAACUGAAUUCUCGGGGGAUCGAUGGAUCACCGAAUACGUGUGAGGCGCGGCUAAAGGAGGCCGUGCUAAGUACCGAUAGGAAUACAAGUAUAGGAGCGACGGCAACGGGGAAGGGCGGAGUCGGGAAGACAUGCGCUCUUCGAGCGAUUGCGCACGACGAUGACAUCAAGGCUCGGUUUUCAGGCGGAGUGUACUUCAUGUCUUUGGGGAAAGACGCCAACGUAGGGCGGCUGAUUGAGCAACUGUGUAUGGCCGUAAAGGCGUCUGGUGGCAAGCAGGUGGCUGCAGAAAUGCGAGAGCAAAGCGAGUUGAGCAGGGUACUGACAGAGAUGCGAGCAUGGUUCAACACACGUGUAUGCCUGUUCAUUAUUGAUGAUGUGUGGGCCGUGAAUGGUAUAGAUGCGUGUAUUCUUCAGAAGUUGUCCACUCUCGCUGCCGCCACAGGAGACAUCCGAGAGAGGAGCAGACUUCUGUAUUCCACGAGGGACUCAGAGCUGAAACAGGUCGGUAAGCGAGUGACUUUCGAGCCGAGGGAAAGGGAAGGGAGCGAUUCAGUUCACAUGCUCAUGCUCGCGAGCGGGGCGAACCCGGAGGAAGCGAAUGAUCCGAGGUGCAAAGAGGCCGUGAGCAAAAUCUUGAAAUUGUGUGCUGGUUUGCCGCUGGCUCUGAACGUAGCCGGGACGGGUGUCAGGUACAUGAGAGAUAGAUGGGAGGGAGAAAAGUCCCAAGCGUGGGAGGCAUACCUUUCGAAGAUGAAGAGCCGCAACACGAUUCGUAGUGAGAGUCCAGGGGAUGGGUAUUUGUUGUCGUUAGACGCGACAUUACAUGCGUCACUAGAGAUUGUGGAGUCCGGCAUAGGGAGCGAUGCGGAGAGGUUAGGUCAGUUUUCGUUUCGAAAGAUACAUCGGAGUCUGUGUGUUAUGAAGAAGCAAGACGGGAUGCCUUUGUCGUUGGUAAGAGAUUUGUGGGAGAUGGACUACGAAUCGGCUGAAAAGUACGCGAUUCAGAUGGAAAGGGUUGGUUUGGUAGACCUUCAUUACGACAAGGAUUGUGGGUGGGUACGGAUGCAUGAUCUGACGCACGAUUUUGCGGUGCAGGAGGCGCAGAAGGAAGAAAGUGUAACGGUUUGGUAUAAGAAGUUGGCAGAUGUAUGCCGGCAGGGAAGAGGACUGCUUGGUAUGACUGAGAGCGAGGGUAGAGAGAGCAAGGAUGCAAGAGAGAAGUAUGUUUUCGAGAAUAUAUAUCGCGUUCUGAAACAGGGCGGGUGUGUGGAGGAGCUGAAGAAUCUAUUCUUGAGUGCGCGAUGGGUGAAGGCAGUGAUACAGAGAGGAAGUGUGUGGCAAUACGAGGAAGCUGUAAAGGAUCUCAAUAGCUUUUUGAGGAACACGGGAGGAAGCGAGAGCCUUUUAAGGGAUACGGGAGAAGGAGAUUCGGUGUAUGCGAUGGGAUUGAUGAUGAGAGCUGCACGACUGAGUGUACCUUUUUGUGGUGAAAGCAGUGCAGGGAUUUACUUUCAACUGUACGGAAGAAUGAAGCACAGGGCAUCAGAAUUAGGUAGCGUGCAAAGGAUACUCGAGGAAAUCGAGGAACACACGCCACGACCAUGGCUGCAGCCUGUGAGUGAAUGUGUAGGGCGAGCGGGAGGAAGUUUGGUGGAGCAGAUUGUGCUUCCGAUUGUCGUCGUGUCCAAAGUCGGCAUGGACUCAACGGGUGGCGUGUAUGGACUCUAUUCGGACCCGGGCGAUACCAGGAUCACAGUUUUCACACAGUCUCCGGACAAGGAAAUGAAGAUGACUGAAUUAGGCAACGAUUUUGAAACGGGGAGCCGAGAAUUAACGUGCGGUUGUGUCAGUAUGAGCAAACGCUAUGCGGUUAUCGGAUAUGGUGAUGGGACACUACAGUUCUGGAGUGUAUCGGAAAAGAAAAUUUUGUGGAGUGUCUGCGGUCAUGAAUCGGCGGUGCGUAGCGUUGCGAUGAGUGGUGAUGGAAAACGUGCAGUAUCUGGAUCGGAUGACAUGAGCGUACGAGUUUGGGACGUGGACACAGGACUGCAAAUCGGCGACGCAUUAACUGGACACACGGGUUGGGUAGAGAGCGUUGCGAUGAGUGGUGAUGGAAAACGUGCAGUAUCUGGAUCGUAUGACGACAGCGUACGAGUUUGGGACGUGGACACAGGACUGCAAAUCGGCGACGCAUUAACUGGACACACGGAUGGGGUGGAGAGCGUUGCGAUGAGUGGUGAUGGAAAACGUGCAGUAUCUGGAUCCUUGGACGAGAGCGUACGAGUUUGGGACGUGGACACAGGACUGCAAAUCGGCGACGCAUUAACUGGACACACGAGUUACGUGGAUAGCGUUGCGAUGAGUGGUGAUGGAAAACGUGCAGUAUCUGGAUCCCAGGACAUGAGCGUACGAGUUUGGGACGUGGACACAGGACUGCAAAUCGGCGACGCAUUAACUGGACACACGCAUUGGGUGCUUAGCGUUGGGAUGAGUGGUGAUGGAAAACGUGCAGUAUCUGGAUCGUAUGACAAGAGCGUACGAGUUUGGGACGUGGACACAGGACUGCAAAUCGGCGACGCAUUAACUGGACACACGAGUUUGGUGUCUCGCGUUGGGAUGAGUGGUGAUGGAAAACGUGCAGUAUCUGGAUCGCGAGACAAGAGCGUACGAGUUUGGGACGUGGACACAGGACUGCAAAUCGGCGACGCAUUAACUGGACACACGGAUUGGGUGGAGAGCGUUGCGAUGAGUGGUGAUGGAAAACGUGCAGUAUCUGGAUCCUGGGACGAGAGCGUACGAGUUUGGGACGUGGACACAGGACUGCAAAUCGGCGACGCAUUAACUGGACACACGGAUGGGGUGGAGAGCGUUGCGAUGAGUGGUGAUGGAAAACGUGCAGUAUCUGGAUCCUUGGACGAGAGCGUACGAGUUUGGGACGUGGACACAGGACUGCAAAUCGGCGACGCAUUAACUGGACACACGAGUUACGUGGAUAGCGUUGCGAUGAGUGGUGAUGGAAAACGUGCAGUAUCUGGAUCCCAGGACAUGAGCGUACGAGUUUGGGACGUGGACACAGGACUGCAAAUCGGCGACGCAUUAACUGGACACACGCAUUGGGUGCUUAGCGUUGGGAUGAGUGGUGAUGGAAAACGUGCAGUAUCUGGAUCGUAUGACAAGAGCGUACGAGUUUGGGACGUGGACACAGGACUGCAAAUCGGCGACGCAUUAACUGGACACACGAGUUGGGUGUCUAGCGUUGGGAUGAGUGGUGAUGGAAAACGUGCAGUAUCUGGAUCGCGAGACAAGAGCGUACGAGUUUGGGACGUGGACACAGGACUGCAAAUCGGCGACGCAUUAACUGGACACACGGAUUGGGUGGAGAGCGUUGCGAUGAGUGGUGAUGGAAAACGUGCAGUAUCUGGAUCCUGGGACGAGAGCGUACGAGUUUGGGACGUGGACACAGGACUGCAAAUCGGCGACGCAUUAACUGGACACACGGAUCGGGUGGAGAGCGUUGCGAUGAGUGGUGAUGGAAAACGUGCAGUAUCUGGAUCGUAUGACGAGAGCGUACGAGUUUGGGACGUGGACACCGGACUGCAAAUCACCGACGCACCAACUGGACACACCGGUGAGGUGGAUAGCGUUGCGAUGAGUGGUGAUGGAAAACGUGCAGUAUCUGGAUCCCGGGACAUGAGCGUACGAGUUUGGGACGUGGACACAGGACUGCAAAUCGGCGACGCAUUAACUGGACACACGAAUUGGGUGCUUAGCGUUGCGAUGAGUGGUGAUGGAAAACGUGCAGUAUCUGGAUCCUGGGACAAGAGCGUACGAGUUUGGGACGUGGACACAGGACUGCAAAUUGGCGACGCAUUAACUGGACACACGGGUCUGGUGUCUCACGUUGCGAUGAGUGGUGAUGGAAAACGUGCAGUAUCUGGAUCCUGGGACGAGAGCGUACGAGUUUGGGACGUGGACACGGGACUGCAAAUCGGCGACGCAUUAACUGGACACACGGGUGGGGUGACGAGCGUUGCGAUGAGUGGUGAUCGAAAACGUGCAGUAUCUGGAUCCCGGGACAGGAGCGUACGAGUUUGGGACGUGGACACAGGACUGCAAAUCGGCGACGCAUUAACUGCACACACGGAGGCGGUGUAUAGCGUUGGGAUGAGUGGUGAUGGAAAACGUGCAGUAUCUGGAUCGCAUGACGAGAGCGUACGAGUUUGGGACGUGGACACAGGACUGCAAAUCGGCGACGCAUUAACUGGACACACGGGUCUGGUGUCUCACGUUGCGAUGAGUGGUGAUGGAAAACGUGCAGUAUCUGGAUCCUGGGACGGGAGCGUACGAGUUUGGGACGUGGACACAGGACUGCAAAUCGGCGACGCAUUAACUGGACACACGGGUUGGGUGAAUAGCGUUGCGGUGAGUGGUGAUGGAAAACGUGCAGUAUCUGGAUCCUCGGACAGGAGCGUACGACUUUGGGACGUGGACACAGGACUGCAAAUCGGCGACGCAAUAACUGGACACACGGAUGUUGUGGAUAGUGUUGCGAUGAGUGGUGAUGGAAAACGUGCAGUAUCUGGAUCCCGGGACAGGAGCGUACGAGUUUGGGACGUGGACACAAGACUGCAAAUCGGCGACGCACUAACUGGACACACGGCGACGGUGUCUAGCGUUGGGAUGAGUGGUGAUGGAAAACGUGCAGUAUCUGGAUCGUAUGACGAGAGCGUACGAAUUUGGGACGUGGACACAGGACUGCAAAUCGGCGACGCAUUAACUGGACACACGGGUGGGGUGACGAGCGUUGCGAUGAGUGGUGAUGGAAAACGUGCAGUAUCUAGGUCGUCUGAUGGGGGCGUACGCGUUUGGGACGUGGAGAAAGGGAGUACAGUUCAUCUCGGAAAGUUGAAGGACUGGCGAGAUAUCGUGGAGAGAUUUCUGAAUGCAGAGGACUUGGGUGCCGUCUCUCGCACUGGACAUAGGCGCAAAAGGCUCAAAGUUUUUGAGAGCGGGGAGAAAAUUGUGCAUGAGCGAGAGGAUGGCUCUGAGGCUGUUUUGGCGCAGCUGGAGAGGUGGGUAAACUGGUUGGAGGUAGACGAUAAUCAUGGGGUCUUUGUUGCAGCGGCCGGCCACCGGGUGGCUAUUAUGAAGCUAGUGGUCUAGGUGUGUAUAGGUCUAGGUGUGUAUAUUCUACUUCCCUUGUCCUCUGGGCCAGACACAGACGUUUCUAUUGUACGGUACGUGGUGGCACCUGUGGUGGGGAUAGCCUGUUUGGUUUUUUUACAUGUAAAGUCUUGAGAAUUCCGGUUUAUUGACCGCGUCGUCUGGAA